AUGUUCGGCCUCAUGAUCCUCAUACUGGACAGGAACGAGUGCGUGUCCGUCUCCAAGACCCUCUUCACGAUCCUGUACGCAGCCGAGUAUAGAAGCUCGAUGUCGUUCGGGGAUCCGCAGAAGUGCAUGGACCCGUUCCCGAAUAGGCGUAGGGACGUGUUCCUACCGAUACGCAUAGCCGGCUGGAUGAUCAUCCUCGUAGAGGAGCCCGUGGACAUAGUGACGGUCACGUUCAUGCUGGUGGCCAUACUCCCGGCGUGGAUCGCGAGGAUGUUGAUGGUCUCGGGCGUCAUGACCAGGUGGAUUAUAUUGGCGUUCGGCAUGUGCAAGCUCACCGCGAACAGGGACGAGGAGACGUUACAGCUCGAGCACACGGAGUCGAGCCAGCCCUGGUCGUUAGACGCGCGCCAGACCAACCACCCGGCCCAUCUACCCCAGAUCUCGUUGUCGGGCUUAACGCUAGUGAUAUACGUGGUCAUGGAUAUCGGUUCGAUACACUCCAGCUCCGUAGAGUAUAUGUCGUGCGCGUACCUGACGUCGAUACUGUUGCCCCUGAUGAUGGUACUCGACACCAUCGGCUCGAUCGUUCAUAAGGUCGCCACGACGUCGGGGCACUCCCACCUGACCAGCGGUAUAUACCUACGCUCGUACCCCUCCACGAUCGGGUUGAAGUUCAUAGCCCUUCUAAACGCGCCCACUAUUAUGACCGUGAACGAGUCUAGCGACGGGACCCCUCUCUACCUGAAUAUGAUCGACAGGAUCUCCGACGCCGUCAGCGGCGGCAACUCGCUCAUCACGGCGUUCCUUAUCGUCCUUACGAGCUCGAUGGCGUUAGUCCUCCUAUCCCUCUCCUGCUGCGCGUACCCGGUCGAGACCUUCGGCCUAGUCGAGCUAACUCUCGUGCUGUCGAAGCUCCACGUGGAGUACAUACUGACGACGUCGCUACCGUGA